UGGCGCAGCAAGGCUGAUGAGGUUUAAAGUAAAACACCGGGAGCUGAUUCUCAUCACUCCUCGACGGUUCGUUCACACUGCGGGUGUCAAUCAUGAGAGCUGUUUCCUUUAAGCGACCGAUCUUAACUUUGGGAUGUGCUGGGUUGUUAUUGUACCUGGGAAUGUUUUUAAAGAAUAAUUAUGAGGUUAGAGACAGGACGGAGAGGGAGCUGAGCUCAGAUCGGACAAUCAGGAGCUUCGCUGACCUGAACCAGGGCUUGAACAACCUCUCCAAGAUCCUGCGUGCAUUUGAGCAAAGGCAAGAUGCCAUGCAGAGGAUCCUUGAAGAGGAGAGAGACACACAGAGAAAAGUUUCAGAAGUCCUGAAGCAAGCGAUCCAAGUGGGGGCAAAGCAGAAAGAGCAGCACCAUGAAGAGGUGCCAAUCCCAAAGAAAAAGUCCAGCAAAGUGUUCCCAAAUUCUCCCCUGUUCAAGGACUGGGGGGAGAAUCUGUCAGAGGAUGAGCAAAAAGAAGCCCAGGCUUUAUUCGAGAAGUAUGGAUACAACGUUUUCCUCAGUGAUCGUCUUCCUCUGGACAGACCUCUUCCGGAUACUAGAGUAAAAGGGUGUUUAAAAAAGACCUACCCAAAGGACCUACCAACCCUAGGAGUGGUCCUGAUCUACCUGAAUGAAGCCUUAUCUGUCCUCAAAAGAGCUCUACGCAGCAUUAUUGACCGCACCCCUAAAGACCUGCUGAAGGAGAUAAUAAUGGUGGAUGACAACAGCUCUAAUGAAAACCUGAAAAGCGACCUGGAUGUGUAUGUGAAAUCUCUGGAGGAUGAGAACCCGAGUCUCCGAUUUAUUAGAGUGAGACACACAGAGCAGAAAGGCCUGGCGUUCGCCAGAGCCUCGGGCUGGAGGGCUGCAACCGCCGAUGUAGUUGCUAUCCUGGACGCACACAUUGAAGUCCAUGAGAUGUGGGCUGAACCCCUGCUGACCCAGAUCAAAGCAAACCGGACAGUGAUUGUUUCCCCCGUGUUCGACAGAGUUAACUUUAAUGACCUCAAAGUCAUCCAGUACUUGCCUGCAGCUCAUGCUUUUGACUGGGCCCUGUGGUGCAUGUAUGAGUCGUUUUCACCCGACUAUUACAAAUUAAACGACAACUCCCUGCCUGGAAAGAGCCCUUCUGUCAUGGGGAUCCUCGUGGCCGACAGGAAGUUUCUUGGAGAAAUUGGAGUCCUUGACGAAGGAAUGAUAGUUUAUGGUGGAGAAAAUGUGGAGCUUGGAAUACGUGUGUGGACAUGUGGAGGUAGUAUUGAAGUUGUUCCUUGCUCCAAGAUAGCCCAUAUCGAGCGCUUCCACAAGCCGUACUUGAGAGACCUGAGCCCUGCCAUGAAGAGAAACGCCCUGAGGGUCGCAGAAGUCUGGAUGGAUGAAUACAAACACAACAUAAAUUUGGCGUGGAAUAUUCCUUUCGAGAAUCAUGGCAUUGACAUAGGAGACAUCUCUGAGAGGAAGAAACUGAGAGAAAGGUUGAACUGCAAACCUUUUAAAUGGUACCUGGACAAUAUUUAUCCCAAGUUGGAUCCCUGGGACAACUUGCUUGGUUAUGGAGCAAUGAAGAAUCUGGAUUCAGAGUUGUGCAUAGAUCAAGGUCCAGUGCCAGGGGACACACCCAUUUCCUACGACUGCCAUUACUACGGACCUCAAAUGACAUAUUACCGUGCAACUGGUGAGUUCUACAUUGGCGGAAUCAAGUCCCACAAGUACAACGACAACCGGUGUCUUACUGAUAGAGGGGAGAAGAAAACUGUGCCGGGUUUGUUCAACUGUAAGGAAGCAAUGCAAAAAGGGAUGGGGAUAUACUGGGAUUUCACUCAGGGAAAAGAGCUAAAGAACCGGGAGACAAAAAGAUGCCUUGAAAUUGUAAACAAGGUUCUUGUGAUACAAGAAUGCACUGGUCAGCGCUGGAAAAUCCAAAAUCUAAUCAAAGACUCUUGAAGUGUAAAUAUUGUAUCAUGUGGGGCUAGGCUAAUGUAUAAAACUUAAAAGAGAGUAUUGUUUGUAUAAAUUUAUUUAGCUGGUGAACUUGGAUGAGGCGUUCAUUUUUCACAGUUCACUUUGUUCAUAUCUAUGGAAGAGGAUUAGGGCCACUGGAAAAAAAAAAAAAAAAAGUUAACUGAUUUUUAAUUUUCAUUUCA